AUGGCUGUUCUUGCAUUUACGCUGAGCGAAGAAGGCGUCGCGGCCUUCCGGGACGCCCUCACCUGCUUGAACAAGUUUAGCGACGAUGUUUCUCUCGAGGCAAGGCGGGAUUCUUUUGUCCUCACAACCCUCAACAACUCCAAGUCUGCCUAUGCAAGCUUCAGGUUCGCAACAAGCAAGUUUUUCUCCCGGUAUCAGUAUCAAGGCAGCGGGCAGUCACACGAACGCUUUCACUGUAGCCUGUAUAUCCGGGCUCUCAUCUCCCUCUUCAGGAGCCGCUCCAGCAUCGACGGUCAGAGGGAUGCCGAAAAGCAAACUCUCAUCGAAAGAUGCGAUGUUUCCAUUGAGGAUGGCGAAGGGGUCAAGAGUCGCUUUGUCGUUCGCAUCAUCUUUCGAAGCGGCUUGACGUCUACCCACCGUCUGCCCUUCGAGGUCACUGUCCCCGUCCACGCCAAAUUCAACAGGCAGGAAGCCCCGCACCACUGGAUUAUCUCGUCGAGGACACUUCGUCAGUUGAUGGACCAUUUUGGCCCGGGCAUUGAAUAUCUAGACAUUAACACGGACGGUGACCACGUCAAUUUCACCUGCUUCAGCGAAAAGACGGUCACAGAAGACGCGGUGCUCAAGAAGCCACUGCAAACAUCUAUUGCGGUGGAGGUGGACGAAUUUGAUGACAUUGACGUCGAGGACAAACUCCACAUUGUCAUUUCCGUCAAGGACUUUCGUGCAAUCAUCCAACACGCUGGCAUCACAGGCAACGCUCUGUCAGCCUGGUACUCUUUGCCUGCGCGACCUAUCCAGCUGUCCUACUCGAGCGAUGCCAUGUCAUGCGAGUUUCUCAUCAUGACCGUUGGGGAGCGCGGCAGCAACCCGAACCAGAAGACGAAAAAGGGCCGCAAGCAAGGUGCGCAAAAUGCCGGGCCGGGACUGGAGGCAACGUCCCCAUCGAGGCCACUGGCCUCCAACUCGACACCGCAUCUCGGCACUGCCAGAACGAGCGCCUCGCGCAUCGGUGCCUUUGACCUACGACCGUCGCAAAAACCGCCGACUCUGCGAUCCGAGAGCUUGUUCGUGGAGGAUGACGGAUGGGAACCCGUCAGAGACGACGACGAGGAUGGCGAAGAGGACGCAAGGCUGGAAUGGGAUCACAGUGCCAAGCCUAUUGCUUCCGCCAUGCACAUGGCCCGGGUAGAAGACAGAAAGCCUGCCGAUUCAGAACGUCAAGAACCCGCGCAGACCGAGUCGACCUUUUUGGAGCCAACCCAGAAGCUUUCCGACGUGCAGGGAUUGGCGCUGUUCCCAGACUGA